GGAUUCUACCGGCCGUGAUUUCUAUUCACAUUGGUCAGUGAUUCAUCCGUCAUUGAGUAGUGUACAUCGUAUCUGCCACGAUGACUUUGUUUUCGGAAAUUAACUUUUGAUGAUUGCUUUGAUUUUGGACGAAGAGGAGGAAGAAGAAGUAGUAAAAAAAAAACGGAUAUGGGUUCAUCAGGCAUGGAAGAAAGGCCAACAUAAGGGGAAUUUUCUACUCUAUAUAAGGAAUUGAUGGACGAUGGAACAAAGUUUUUUGAAUACUUUAGAAUGUCGGAAAAUUCAUUCAACUUACUGUUAAGCAAAUUAGAAAUUCAUCUAAAAAAACAAGACACACACUGGAGAAAAGCUAUUACACCAAAAGAACGGCUCGCAGUUUGUUUAAGAUAUUUGGCCACGGGUGAUUCGCUUAAAACAAUUUCGUUUAGCUAUCGCAUGGGGCAUAGUACAGUUUACAAGAUCGUUCGAGAAACCUGUCAAAUAAUUACUGAAAAUCUUAUGGACGAGUUGAUGCCUACACCGACCGAAGAAAUGUGGGAGAAUAUAGCUGAUGAUUUUUUUCGUAUGUGGAAUUUUCCGGGAUGUAUCGGGGCUCUGGAUGGAAAACACGUUACCAUUCAAGCACCUCCAAAUACAGGAACAAUGUUUUUUAAUUAUAAAAAGACAUUCUCUAUAGUUUUGUUGGCUCUUGUGGAUGCUCACUGUAAUUUUAUUGCUGUUAAUGUAGGGGCAUAUGGCAAGAGUCAUGAUGGAGGUGUUUUUUCUAAUUCAAAUUUAGGUAAAGCACUUCAUCGUGGAUCAUUGAAUAUUCCAGCUAAUUUGACCAUACCCAACACAGAUACACAAGUCCCAUAUGUAAUUGUAGGUGAUGAGGCAUUUCCUCUAAAACCUUACUUGAUGCGACCUUAUCCAGGGGACAAAUUAGAUGACCGAAAGCGCAACUUCAAUUACCGUUUGAGUCGUGCCAGGAGGACAUCAGAAAAUACAUUCGGUAUACUUACGCAAAAAUUUAGACUCUACAAUAGACGAAUUCAGGCAUUUCCAAAACAUGUAGAUUACAUAAUUUUGGCCACUUGUUUACUACAUAAUUUCAUUAAAAAAUACGAUUCGUAUACAUACAAUUACGUAACUCAACAAGCGGAUAGAAGUAACGGUCAUACACUACAACAUUUAAAUUUGCAAGGAGGGAACGCAACGACAGACGCAUUUCGUGUUAGGGAAGUAUUCACUGAAUACUUUAAUUCUGAGGUUGGGUCUCUACCUUGGAUAUAAAAUAAUUAAAUUUAAGAAAAUAAUGUAUGAAA